AUGCGGCAUGUUCUGCGUGGGCUUGAGGUACUACUUGCUAGCGUCCUUUGCGUCGCGAGCCGAAGCCCCGAAGAGGCGUGCGCGGACUUGAGCAGAGCGUGGGCUGAUGUUGCACGAAAGGGGUUGGACUACUACGCUGAGGCCGACAGCAAAGGUAUUAAGAUCACAGUUAGCCGCGAUGUGCGCUCCAAGGCAUCGUCGGAUGCAGUUACUGCGACCGCGGCUCAGUAUAGAGAGUUUCUCGAAGACUUCGGGAACUUUGACGAGACCUGCGCCAGCAGCGAUGCAGAGACCCAUGUGCAAACGGCGGCGAGGCUUUGCCGGAGGUUUUUCCUGCUGUUGUUCAAGCCGCGGUCACAAGCGAGGCGCCUGCUGGAAGAGGGACAGGUUUUGGACGAUGGUCUGGCGGAGUUCAUGUCGGCGGCGACGCCGUGGUCGCUUCUGCUUCACUCAGGAUGGCCAGUCUUCCCUCUUGCUGCGCUGGUGGAAUCGGAACUCAGAGAGGACACGCGCGUGUCUUUGGCCGUGUCGCGGCUGGGAUGGAAGGAGCCUUCAGAGAACUGCAACGAGGAGCAGGAGGCUGUCCGUUUGGCAGCUUCCCUGUACGUCGGAGAAGGCCGAACCGUGAAACUCACUCACAUUAUCGACUUUUUUCACCAAGAGGUAGGCGACGCAGAUCUGGUUGGUGAGGAAUUCAUUACCGCUGUGGCACGAGCCAAGCCACGCCACCCUGGCAUUUGCACUGCGGCUUUGGGUGUAGCCUAUGCUGCGCUUGCAGAUGCUUUGCAAUGCCACUGGCGACGACCGACGUCGACGAUCAUGCACCAACUUAUUGAUAUCGCCGUCGAGAAGGCCCAGGGAGGAGCCUUGCGGACCUUCGGUGAAGCUGCCGAAUCUUUCAACGCCUUGGCGAGCUCCCGAUGGCCCUUGCUACCGCUGCUCUCCCGAUUGCAGCCCAAGUCGGCACCUACGUCAACGGGUGUCUUGGUGUCCUGGUCAUCUCGAGAGGCUGAGCUGGGUGGCCUGAACUGGGCGAAGAACUUCGCGCAGGAGGUCUUCAGCUUCCACGACUUCGUGCUUGAGGAAGAUGUGGACUGUGCCGACAUCUUCGUGUAUCGCUCGUCGCUGCCGGCAAACUUCGGUGGCGUCCUCAUUUUCGUGGAUGGAGAGGGGAGCCCGGCGGAUUCUCUGCAAGAGGAGCUGCUUCAGUCGUACCCGGCAUCGAUCGUCGUUGGCCCUUUGCCUGCUGGAGGCGACUCUGUCUUCUUUCCAGUGCCUUAUGCGUCUACGUCUUUUGCAUCACGCAGCGUCGCGACACCAAGUGGCUUGCUUCUGCCAAGACCAGUGGAACUGGAGGAUCGACCUGGUUUUGCUGCGUACCUGGUGUACAAAUGCUAUCCUCACAGAGAGCGUUUCUUCAGACUGCUGGACGCGAGAGGGCGCGAAGCUGGCCUGGGCCCAGUGGAGACCCUAUCUCGGUGUGGCGAUGCCGGCGAAAUAGAUCGAACGUCACAAAGAUACGCUGAGACCUACAUGGACGAUGCUGCAGAUCUUUUCCGACGAUUUCGUUUCGCGCUGGUCUUCGAGAACAAGAUUCAAACAAGGUACGUGACCGAGAAAAUUGUGAACGCCUUCGUUGCCGGAGCCGUCCCGAUUUACUGGGGAUCCGACUUUGUCUCUGAACUGUUCAAUACCGAUGCCAUGAUCUGGGUGAACUCUUUCGAAUCUUUCGAGGCGGCCGUGGAACACGUCAUCCGCGUUGCUUCGGAACCAGAGCUAUACGCAGCUUAUGCUUCAGCACCUCCAAUCAGGAAUACGUCUGCCGGUCGGUGGUACUUUUCCUGGCAUCGCGAUGCACCAUCUCUGGAUGACGAAGCGCCGACGCUGCGCGAGGAGCUUGCAGCUGCGGCUAUGAAGAUGCAUGCGGCUGGGCUGGACGGCAGCUUGCAAGCAGUGGAACGGCGCCCGUUCGACUAUGCCGAGACCUUCCCCUCUUGA